GUGAAAGUGGAUAUUCAAAACGACAUACUCAUAGAAUAAAAUAAUAAUAAUAAUAAAUAAUAAACUGAAGUAAAUACUGUACUGACCGACACCGAAAUAGCCGCCCUCAAUGGUAAAAUAUAUGCUUACGUUGGCCAACCAUGGUUGUUAAAGGCCCAUGCCAUACACCAAAUGAAUGAGUUGGAAAUAUGUGAGAGAGCAUAUCGGGAACUGAAGGCGAAUGAGGUGUUAACAUCUCAGGGUCGUCUUCAUCAAAUGAUACAUUAUUGUUAUCGAACCGCUCGGUUGAAGUUAAAACCCGAGUCGGCGUCACGCCAGGCAGAUCUGAUCGGAAAAUUUCAGUCGAAGAUUCGUGAGCUUCGGAUGUCUUCACCGAAUACGGGAAUCCCGACGUGCGAUCCCCAAUUAAGUUUGAACUCGACCUUCCAUGGUUUUGAGAACGAACGGGGAAUGAUGAGUUCAACUCAGAAUACUGUUCCAUCACAAUAUUUACCCUUAACCAUACCAGAUUCGAUUCCAAACCAGAAUAUACCGACUUCGGUUCAGGCAACUGAACCACGGUAUACCCUGACCACCAGUACGGUUAAUUCAAAUGCUCAACCAGCCGUUCUCAAUUCAGUGUCAGGCGGAACGGAACCAACACCCUCAUUACACCAACUGUCUGUAAUGGUGUCUGAGUUGCUGAGAGCCCAAACACAGAUGCAACAGCAAAUGAUCCGUGAUCGGAUUCAGUUGCAGACACAAAUUCCUGACGUUCGUGAUAUGAACCAAACCAUGCCAACGACCUGGAUACCACCCUCGGUGGAUCCCCUGCAUGGUUCUUUGGGUGGUCCUUCAACCUCACAAACUCAAACGAUCAAUACCUACCGUGGUCUUAGAACGUCACAUAUCCAAGAACCAAUUAAUCAACCAUUUCAUUUAUAUCCGAAAUAUUCGCUAUCCGGUCCACCACAAUCACGACUAAAUCAAGCCACUAUUUUCGACGAAACUGGCCAAGCGGAUGCAAUGGAUAGGAAAUUCAGAACCUUACCAUCAUGGAUGGGACGUGCUCAAUUCGAUGGCGUUCAUGUGAACGAAAAAUUUCUAUCGGUUGAAGAUUAUUUGGCUAUUAUUGGCUCAUUUCGAUAUAAGAUUGGAGUACCUGACCACGAAUUGGUUACGCGUUUGGUGCCCACACUCACGGGGGCCGCUCGACAAUGGUACUUCACCGAACUGAGGAACUACAGAGAUUAUCAAGAUUUUUGCACGAAACUUCGAGCUCGUUUCCUCAACAAACAUCCUCGGGCCCAAGUAAUAAUGUCAUAUGCACAGAUUAAAUUCGACCCACGUUCGCAAACACUGCUGAAACAUAUCGAUGACUUGACAUUCCAAUUGCAGGGUAAUUCCUGUGGUCUGGAUGAACGGGACCACUUCGAUAUCAUCAUUGGUACCUUAUCCGAUCAUCUGCGUGAACUCGAUCCACCGGAUGAUUCUUCACAUUCGGAAUAUACCGCUUCUUUUCCUGGGUCCGACUCCGAUGACAGGGAAUGUGCAUACUUGAACAAGCAAAAGAAACCAAUUAAAGUAUCUCAGAAACAUAGGUAUUCGAAACCGAGGAUUAUAAAAAUGACAAAAAUCCAAAGGGGAAUGAUAAGAAAGUAGGAACUAUCGUCGACCCAUUUUUCGUUGUUGAGGGCGACGAAAAUGUACGAUGUGCAAAAUGUCUCGUGUGGGGCCAUCACUUCAAAAAGUGUCGAGCGCAACCGAAUAGGGUGAUCUGCUACAAAUGUACACGACCAGGGGUUACAUCUGAUCAAUGCCCGUGUUCAAAAAACGCGUAAGGGAGUCGAUUGGGAAUAGUGGUCCAUCGUACUCAGAAUCCACAACUUUAUCUAAAUCCUUUGUCUCUAAAAUCCGCACUCUACCGAAGUCCCUCUACAAAUCGACAAAUCUUCAGUCCCGAAUUCCAGUAAUAAUUCUACUCUGAUUCUUAACGAGUAUAAUCAAACUCAAAGGGAUGGCAAAGAACCAUCAACCCAAUGUUCUGAACGAACACCACCAAUUACCAAACCUACUUCAGCUUCAGUCCCUAAUCACAAUCAAGACGGAGACAACAAAGUUAACCCACCACUACUCCGUGAUGUUUUCUUUGUCUCAGAAAAAUGCUUGACAUAUAAUGUGCCGAACGAUUGUCGCGAUUAUCUCACGGUUAUGGUUAACAACCAGUCUCAUCCGGUUUUACUCGAUGGUGGAGCCGAAGUCACAGUCCUUUCACAAACAUUUUAUGAGAAGUACAAAUGGGGACAGUUGCAACCUACCAAAACAUCCAUUGGUCUCGCCGAUAAUUCGAUUUCAUUUAAGGCCAUUGGUAAAGUGGAUGUAUUGGUGACAGGUAAUAAGAUCAACGGAAAUAAGGUCAAUUGACUUUAUUUCCCACC